CCCGCCCCUUCCCGGCCGCUCUUGAGGCGGCUCCGCCAUUUUCCCGGCGCCGUUCCCGGGGCUGGUUCUGGGCCGGGGACUGGCGUCCGUCCCGGGGCUCCUUUGGCACCGGAGAGUCCCCAAGGUGUCCUCAAGGUGUCCUCAGUGACCCCCAUGGAGCCCAAAGAGCUGUCCCCGGCUAUGCUGCAGCCGCCGGUAACCGUGGUGGCCACCCUGGGUGAGCUGCUGGCCACCCUGCCCAGGCGGGACGAGGAGAUGAGGCUGUUCAAGUACCCAGGCUGCCUGCACUGGGACCUGCAGGACUUCACCACGAACCUCCAGAGCACCCUGUACCGCGCUGAUGACUUCUGGAGGUGCCGCAAUGUCACCUCCAAUGAUGAUGACCCUCCCACCUCCCUGAGCCAGGCCCUGGCCGCCUACAAGAGCACCCCAGGGACUACCUGGGACCGUGUGACAAUGGCAACCAGCAUGUGGCAGUGGUCGGUGUCCGUGCUUGGGAACAGCUGGGUCCAGCUGGCCAGGACAGCCAGCAGGCUCCGCAACACCUGCAGGCAGGCGGCCACUGAGGCGGCCGACAGGGCCUCCACCAGCACCGCCCGGGCCGGGGAGCUGCAGGCCGAGGCUGCCCGUGAUGGGACAGCUCUGGAAAACAUGGAGGAGCUGGGUCAGGCCCUGGGUGGGGAGGAGGGGGCUGAGGGGGCGGCCAGGACUGAAUCCCAGGUGAGGGAAGAAGCCAGGGGGACUUCCUGCGAGGCAGCCAGGGCCACCAUGGUGGGAGAGGGGGUGGAGGAGCCCCUGGGGCUGCUGGAGCGCUUGGUGGCCGCGUGUAUCGAAGCCAUUGCCUUCCCCCGGGGGCUUUGGCGCCUGCUCGAGGACACCAAGGCUGCCCUGGAGGGGGCAAGUGAGGCUUCCCCCAAUGUCCCUGAGGACUUGGUGGCCAAGGUGGCCAUGGCCGAGCGGCUGUGGGAGGCCAACGUCCGCCUGGUCAAGGAUCACCUGGGGAAGACAUUUCCAGACAUCAUUGAUAUCUUGUUCAGUGGUGGUCCUGCCAGCUGCACUGCCUGUGGGGUGGCCGAGAGGUGCCAGAGAGCCAUCGAGGACAUCCCAAGGCUUGUUCAACCCUCAGAGCAUCCCCAAGGUGUCCCCAAGGUGUCCCCAGUGAGCAUGGAGACCCAAGAGCUGUCCCCAGCCCUGCUGCAGCUGCCAAUCACCGUGGUGGCCAUCCUGGGUGAGCUGCUGGCCGCCCUGUGCAGUCUGCACGAGGUGAGGAGGCUGCUCAAGUCCCAGGGGUGCCUGUACAACGACCUGGGGGACUUCACCGUGGAGCUCCAGGACAGCCUGUGCCACAUUAAUGACCCCUGGUGGCACCGCAUUUUCCACUCCCGUGAUGGUGACCCUCCUGCCACCCUGGUCCAGGCCCUGGACACCUACAGGAACUUCCCACUGACCGUGUCAAGCUGUGUGACACGGGUGGCCCGCCAGUGGGAGGGCUUGGUGUCUGUGUGUGUGAACAGCUGGGCCCAGCUGACCAGGAAAGCCACCGAGCUCUGCAACACCUGGAGGGAGGUGGCCACCAGGGUGGCCGACAGGGUGGCCACUGCCACUGCCCGGGCCAGGGAGCUGCAGGACGAGGCCGCCCGUGAUGGGACAGCUCAGGAAAACAUGGGGGAGCUGGGUCAGGCCCUGGGCGGGGAGGAGGGGGCCAGGCACAAAGCCCAGAUAAGGGAAGAGGCCAGGGAGGCUGCCAGCAAGGCAACCAGGGCCUCCAUGGUGGGACAGCGGGUGGAGGCGGCCCUGGGGCUGCUGGAGCGCUUGGUGGCCGCGUGUGACGAAGCCACCGCCUUCCCCCGGGAGCUGCAGCGCCUGCUCAGGGACACUGAGGCCAUCCUGAAGGGGACAAGUAAGGCACCCCCCAAUGUCCCUGAGGCCUUGGUGGCCCAGGUGGCCCAGGCCAAGCGCUUGUGGGUGGCCAACGCCCGCCUGGCCAAGGAUCACCUGGUGGGGGCCGUUGACAGGAUCACCGAGUUCUAUUUCAUUGAUGGUCCUGGCAGAGCCAGUGACCAUGUGGUGGCCAUCCGGUGCCAUAAAGCCAUCGAGGACAUCCCCAAACUGCUGCAGGGAUGAUGAUGUCACCGCCCUGACAUCAUUAUGGCAGUGACAUCACUGGGGACAUCGCUGCUGUCACCUGUCCCCUCCCCGUGCAGUAUUUGAGACAAAUCUGGGGAAUUUCCGGAAAUUUUCAAUGAUACUGUCCCAAAUCCUGAUGGGAAUUCCUGGGGUGACAUCACUGGGGACACUCAGGGACAGGGGACAGGGGUGACUGAGUCCCCUCAGCAGCUUCCAGCUUUCAGUGUGCCUGCAGCAGAGCCAGGUUGUCAUGGUAUUUUCUGAAAAAUCCCUUUGCCAGGAUUUCUUCUCCUGGGAAGAUGAGAAGCCUCAGAGGAAAAGGAAAACAAUCCUCUCUGAUUGCUUCUCCCUGUGUUUUGCUGCUUUGGAAUGUGGCAGGUGCAUCUUUGAUUGGUUCCAUGUGAAUUGUUCUUACCCAAUGACCAGUCCCAGUCCAGCUGUGUUGUACUCUCUGGUCAGUCAGGGGUUCUUAUUUUUCAUUCUUUUCUGACUUUCUGACGUAUCCUUUCUCUCUAUAGUUUUCAUAUGGUUUUAGUAUAGCAUUAAUAUAAUAUAAUAAUAUAA